AGAUGCAUGGGUGAAAUCAAGGUGUUGAAUCAAACAGAGGUGACUGAAUUCAUCCUAUUAGGACUCUCCAAUAAUCCCAAACUACAGCUCAUCCUCUUUGUGAUAUUUCUCUUCAUCUACAUAGCCACCAUGGUGGGCAAUUUGGGAAUGAUCCUGCUGAUCAAGAUUGAGCCUAGACUCCAUACCCCCAUGUACUUCUUCGUCAGCAGUUUGUCCUUUGUGGACUCCUCUUACUCCUCUUCAAUCACUCCCAGGAUGCUGGUGAACCUCUUUGAUGAGAAGAAAGCCAUCUCCUUCAAUGGUUGUGCUGCCCAGUUUUUCUUCUUUGGGUCAUUUGUGGGUAUUGAGUGUUUCCUCUUAGCAGUGAUGGCAUAUGAUCGUUAUGUGGCCAUCUGUUACCCACUAUUGUACUCUGUCAUCAUGUCUGACAGAAUUUGCCUCCUGCUGGUAGUUAUUGCAUUCUUAGGUGGAUUUAGUAAUGCAGCUGUUCACACUGGAAUGACCUUCAAGUUGUCAUUUUGUGGCUCCAACCUGAUUAAUCAUUUUUACUGUGAUACACCACCCCUCCUAAAACUCUCCUGUUCUGACACUCAUACCAAUGGAAUUGUCAUCAUGAUUUUCUCCAGCUUUAUUGUCAUAGGUUGUGUGCUGAUGGUCCUCAUCUCUUACCUUUUCAUCCUUGUCACCAUCUUGAGGAUACACUCUGUGGAGGGCAGGAGCAAAGCCUUUUCCACUUGUGCCUCUCAUCUCAUGGCUGUCACCAUUUUCUUUGGGACAAUUCUUUUCAUGUAUUCUCGCCCCACCUCCAGUUACUCAAUGCAGCAAGACAAAGUUGUCUCUGUAUUUUAUACAGUAGUCAUUCCCAUGCUCAAUCCCCUCAUAUACAGCUUAAAGAACAAGAAUGUUAAGGAUGCCCUAAAGAAGCUCUUAUGGAGACAUAUGCCUUAG